CUUGUCCGCCGUGGAGUGCAGGCGUGAGCUGCGGUCUUCCAAACGGAGCGAUCGUGUUCGUAGCGAGUACGCUCGCUCCUUCCCUUCGUGGCAUAGCCUCAUAACUAAACCUUCUGGAUACGUGCUACACAAUGGCCCACCAGGCGGAAGAGCUGUCAGAGUCGCUCGCGUGUGUCUACCUUCCGGAUACCCACUGCACAAUGGAGCGACAGAUGAAAGAGCUGUCGGAGAUGCUUACGUGCCAGGUGUGUUGGGAAACACUGACGCGCCCUAUUUACAGAUGCAAGUUCGAGCACCUGAUGUGCCACGAGUGCUUCCCGACGCUCAGGAAGUGUCCCUCGUGCCGAGAACAGCUGGAGCCCAACCUGCGCUCUCUUUCCAUGGAGCGGGUGGCGGACAUCGUGCGUAUUCCGUGCAAGUACAGCGAGGUGGGCUGCUCGGAACUGCUCCAGCCCAAGUGCAAGCGGUGCCACGAGGAGAGGUGCGCCUUCAGGCCAGAUGCGAGCGUCGUCCAGUGCCCGCUGGUGUACUCGUGCUGUUGGGCGGGCAGUCGGGCAGCUGUGGAGGAGCACGUGCGCCAGGACCACCGAGGCGAGCUGGUCGCGGCGCCGGAUGGUGCCUUCAGAACCGUUGCCCCAUUCGUGAACCUGCUGGAGUUCGACUCGGCGCUCUUCGUGCUGCGGGCAGAGUCCGUCACGGUGGAAGACUUCACAUCGCAUUACGUGCACGUGGGCCACGUAGCACAGGGCUCGCGUGCGGCGGGGGCUCGCUACCUCUUCGAGGUUCGGCAGCACCCGGAUGGGGAGUUCUACAAAGGACACGUGACCGACUACAGGCAGUCGCUGCAGGAACUGGGGGCCAACGGUGGCUGCCUCUCAUUUGUCACUCAGUUCGAUCAGCCCGAUGACGUCUCUUACACUGGCACGAUCAAAAAACUUCCCUUCAAGGUUGUAAUCGAAUGA